AUGGCGAUUCGCAAGAAGAGCAGCAAGAGCCCCCCAAUCCUGAGCCACGAAUUCGUCCUGCAGAAUCACGCGGACAUCGUCUCCUGUGUGGCGAUGGUCUUCCUGCUGGGGCUCAUGUUCGAGAUAACGGCAAAAGUUUCUAUCAUUUUUGUUACUCUUCAGUAUAAUGUUACCCUCCCUGCCACAGAAGAACAAGCUACUGAAUCAGCGUUCCUUUAUUACUAUGGUAUCAAAGAUUUGGCUACAGUUUUCUUCUACAUGCUAGUGGCGAUAAUUAUUCAUGCCAUAAUUCAAGAAUAUGUGUUGGAUAAAAUUAACAGGCGAAUGCAUUUCUCCAAAACGAAACACAGCAAGUUUAAUGAAUCUGGUCAGCUUAGUGCAUUCUACCUGUUUUCUUGUAUUUGGGGCACAUUCAUUCUCGUAUCUGAAAACUACAUCUCAGACCCGACUAUCUUGUGGAGGGCUUAUCCCCAUAACCUGAUGACAUUUCAGAUGAAGUUUUUCUACAUAUCACAGUUGGCAUACUGGUUUCAUGCUUUUCCUGAACUCUACUUCCAGAAAACCAAAAAAGAAGAUAUUCCUCGUCAGCUUGUAUACAUUGGCCUUUACCUCUUUCACAUUGCUGGAGCGUAUCUUUUAAACUUGAAUCAUCUAGGACUUGUGCUUUUGGUGCUACACUAUUUUGUUGAGUUUCUUUUCCACAUUUCCCGCCUGUUUUACUUUAGUGAUGAAAAGUAUCAGAAAGGAUUUUCUCUGUGGGCAGUUCUGUUUGUUUUGGGAAGACUUCUGACUUUAAUUCUCUCGGUACUCACUGUUGGCUUUGGCCUGGCAAGAGCAGAGAACCAGAAGCUGGAUUUCAGUACUGGAAACUUCAAUGUUUUGGCUGUUAGAAUUGCUGUUCUGGCAUCCAUUUGUAUUACCCAAGCUUUCAUGAUGUGGAAGUUCAUUAAUUUUCAGCUUCGAAGGUGGAGAGAACAUUCUACUUUUCAGGCACCGGCUGUGAAGAAGAAGCCACCAGUGACUAAAGGCAGAUCUUCUAGAAAAGGAACAGAAAAUGGUGUCAAUGGAACAGUAACUUCAAAUGGAGCAGACUCUCCCCGUAAUAGAAAAGAGAAAUCUUCAUAA